UCCACAUGAUCCCGUGCUGAGCGGUACAUCGAAAAUGCUUUUCAUUUACACGUUCGCUCUCUUGGCGCUCGCGGUCACAUUAGCCCUGAAGUACUUCUACUCGUACUGGGAUCGCCAUGGACUGGCGAAUGUUAAACCACACAUUCCGUUCGGAAAUUUGAAAACAGUGGUCAGGAAGCAGGAAUCCUUCGGCAUCGCCAUCAACCAGCUGUACUGGCAGACGAAGGGCCAACUGGUCGGAAUCUAUCUGUUCUUCCGACCGGCCAUACUGAUUCGUGACGCGCACCUAGCUCAGCAGAUCAUGACGACGGAUUUCAACCAUUUUCACGACCGUGGAGUGUACUGCAACGAGCAAGGGGACCCGUUUUCGGCGAAUCUGUUUGCUCUUCCCGGUAAACGGUGGCGUAAUCUGAGGAACAAACUUUCACCGCUGUUCACCGGUGGACAGCUGCGUGGCAUGAUGCCAACGAUUUUGGAUGUCGGUAGCAAACUGCAGAAGCAUCUGGAGCCGGCUGCUGAAAAGAAAGAAGUACUGGAAAUUCGUGACAUCGUUUCUCGAUUUGUGCUGGAGAUUAUAGCAACGGUAUUUUUCGGAUUCGAAGCUAAUUGCAUUGAAGACCGAAACGAUGCCUUCAGCAGAGUUUUGCGACAAGCGCAGCGUGAGAGAAUAUCUGCAAAUUUUCGUGCCUCUGCCGUAUUCGUGUGUCCUGAGUUGCUAAAGUUCACUGGAAUUUCAUCCCUUGAACCGGAAGUGAUUGAAUUCGUAACGGGGAUAGUGACCAAGCAGAUCGAGCAUAGGGAAAAGAGCGGUGUUUCGAGGAAGGAUUUUAUUCAGCAGUUGAUUAACCUUCGUCGCGAUGAAAGCCAAGAUAAAAUGAGCAUUGAACAGUGUGCUGCAAACGUGUUUCUGUUUUAUGUGGCCGGAUCGGAAACCUCUACCGGGACAAUCACCUUCACAUUGCACGAAUUGAGCCAGAACUCGGAUGUGAUGAAGAAGUUGCAGACGGAAAUUGACGAAACGCUUGCGAAAUCCAAUGGGGAAAUUACAUAUGACGUUUUAAAGCAGAUGCAGUACCUGGAUAUGUGCGUGAAGGAAACGCUUCGAAAGUAUCCGGGUCUUCCGAUUUUGAACCGCGAAUGUACGGUGGACUACAAGGUGCCUGAGUUGGAUGUAACGAUUCGGAAGGGGACUCAGGUGGUGAUACCACUGUUUGCGUACAGCAUGGAUGAGAAGUAUUUCCCCGAACCGGACCGCUACUACCCGGAGAGGUUUGAUGAAGGUACGGCAGCCUAUGAUGAGAAAGCAUACUAUCCCUUCGGGGAAGGUCCCAGGAAUUGCAUAGCAUUUAGAAUGGGUGUGCUCGUUUCCAAGAUUGGAUUGAUUCUGCUCCUGUCGAAGUUCAGUUUCGAAGCAACACAAAGUCCAAAAAUCGUGUUCAGUCCCGCGUCGGUACCUCUUUUGCCGAAGGGGGGAAUAUCGCUGAAGAUUUCUAGUCGAAAUAAUUAGAUUAAGUAGGUCCCAGCUAAGCAACAGUGUACG